CAUGGGGUAUUUGAGCUCCCGAGUGGGCCUAAGUAUAGUUUUGUCAUAAUUUAUCCCACCUGUGUCUGUCAAUUCCUUCCCACUUGCCUCCUCCCGUAAUGGCCUGGCUCAUGUUUCUUCAUAAAGCUCUAGGCCAGUUAUUAAUAACAGCCCAGUGACUCUCCUGAGCCACCUAAGAGCAUAUGGUGUUUUUCACAAAAGAGAGCGAUCAUCUCCUCAACUUUGGACUUCGCUCCCUAACCCCUGAACAGAUCCAAGGUUGCUAAGAGACCACCUGCGCUGAAUGCACUUUGUUCUAGCAAGAGCAGACAGAGAGGAAACCAAAGAGCCGUGUUAUCUGCCACAACCUGGGAUUGAGUGAGGAAGCAGGAUCAUUCUGGAUAUGACAUCUAAAAACUGGAUAUUAAUUUCUACUACUACCCCCACAAGUCUGGAAGAUGAAAUUGUGGGAACAAUUCUAAAAAUUUUGUUUGUUAUCUUUGUUGACUUAAUGUCUAUUAUUUAUGUUGUUGUAACUUCUUAGAAAGUUGACUUCCCUUUAUAAGUAAAUUUCAUAUUGAAUUCCUGUGAAUAAAAAUUUGUAGUUUAA